GAACUACCCGGGAGACGGAACUUCCGCCACAUUCAAGAUGGCGGCCUCGCUCGCCUCACUUCCGCUAGUGGCCGGAAGUUGCGGGUCCUGCAAGUAUGGCGGCGACGAAGGUGAAGCAGGACAUGCCCCCGCGAGGGGGCUACGGCCCCAUCGACUACAAGCGGAACCUACCCAGCCGGGGAAUGUCGGGCUACAGCAUGUUUGCUAUAGGCAUCGGGACCUUGCUCUUUGGCUCCUGGAGAAUAAUGAAGUGGAACCGUGAGCGCAGGCGCCUGCAGAUCGAGGACCUAGAGGCCCGGAUUGCCCUCAUGCCGCUCUUCCUGGCAGAGAAGGACCGGAGGAUCUUACAGAUUCUUCGGGAGAACCUGGAGGAGGAGGCCAUCAUCAUGAAAGAUGUGCCCAACUGGAAGGUGGGCGAGUCUGUGUUCCACACCACGCGAUGGGUGCCACCCUUCAUCGGCGAGUUGUACUGGCUGCGCCCCAAGGAGGAGAUACACAACGCCAACCAUGGCUUCAUCUGGUACACUUAGGGCCCGAGCUGACGCCCGUAAUAAAGAAUAAUCAAAUAAACACCA